CAGACAACGAAGCCUUCGCCGACCUCCCGAAGCUCUAGGGUUCUUCGUCCUUGAAAUCGAUCUCUUUGUAGAUUUCGGUGGGUCGGAUCUAGGAUUAGGGCUCACGGCGAUCCAGAUCGCGCGAGGAGGAACAGAUGAAGCUAAGGAUCAACAAAGCCUGCGAUCUGGGCUCCAUCUCUGUUCUUCCUCCGAGGAGAUCGGGCGGAAUGAGCUCUGGAGGCGAUGGACUGGGGAGGAGCCAGGCGUCUCAGAUCCGUUCCCAAUCGCAGCAGUCGUUCUCCCAGGGCAUCUCUCUGUCGCAGCUCUCCCAGAGCUCGUUUGAGGAGCCUCUGGUCAACGAUCAGAGAUUUGGUUCUCAAGAAAAAGAUAACUCAUUAAGAAAGAUCUCGUCAUUGGCACCGAUCGCACUAACAAGAGAAGAAUCUCAGCUACAGCUCACAAGAGCAUCUAGCAAUGUUAUGCACCGAUGGAAUGCAGCCUCGAUGUCAGAUAAUAGAUUUCAGGUCAGUGAAGAACUUGAACACAAACUUCGACACAUUGAAAGCUCAAUCAAUAGGGUUGGAAUGAUCCUGGAUUCUGUUCAAAGUGAUGUUAUGCAAGUAAACAGAGCGGCAAAAGAAUUAUCAUUAGAAGUGGAAGGGAUAAGGCAAAAAGUAAGUCUUCUUGAAAACUCCAUGCAACAAAUGGUGAAGUGGGAAGAUGAUAUCAAAGCUUUUAUUGGUGGAAGCCUCACUUCCAUUUCUGAUCAGCUGAUCAAAAUCUCCAGUUCUGGCAAAGUAAAUGAGAUUGCCUCAGCAGUUGCAACUUUGCAAGAGCAGAUGUUUUCACGUUUAGCACGACUCGAGUGUGAAGUUUGUAGGUUUUUUUCUGAAAAGGAGGUAAGGGAAAGUGGCAUUAAGUCCUCUAAUAACCAACAUUCAGUUAAAUUCCAGUCACCUAUGGUAAGGGAAAGUGGCAUUAAGUCCUCUAAUAACCAACAUUCAGUUAAAUUCCAGUCACCUAUGAGCGGAAAUUAUAUGGAUAUAAAAGAGUCUCUGGAGGGCAAUAUAGAAGAAAAAAAAGUUUCUGCUGCACCACUGAUGAGCAACAAGCAAAGGUCUCCACCUUUUAAGAAAGAAGGAAAGCUAGAGUCAUUUAAAUCAAAGCUGACUGAACCAAAGCAUACUGUGAAACACAAACACAUAAUUCCUCAUACAAAGCAGGAAGAAUUUGUUAGAGUAAUCGUUGAUUUAGAUGAAGAAAGUGAUGGAGGCAUCUCAUGCCUUAUAGUGAACAAAGGAACAGGAUUAACAAGAGUGUAG